AUGCUUGGCCGUGAAGAAAUCUCUGCAUGUAAAGUUGAAGGUUUGGUUGUACGACGGCCAGAUAAGCGUGCGCAUGUGGAUCUACCGAGAGUUUACGCCAGAGAUAACAUACCCUGUAGACGGGACCAGAUUCCUACGCCAGAAGUCGCAGACAAGUGGCUGCAUUUACGGAAAAUUAAGGAUAAAAUACCUCCAUGUCAAGCUGACCUUCAAAUUGGUCUUCUGAUUGGGUGCAACUGCCCGAAAGCAAUCAAGCCAAAGGAAGUGAUCUCAGGCAAGGGAGAAGAACCAUACGCUGUAAGAACGCUCCUUGGAUGGUGUAUAGUCGGACCUGUCGCCUCUGCCUCUGAAUCAACAGACAAUGUCGAUAUUGGCCCCUCCACGUGCAACUGUAUAGCUACUCGUGAAGUCCUUCCUGAGGCUCGUUUGGGACCGACGUUCGCCCUAAAUACCUCGACGAAAGAGGAAAUCAACCCAUCAGUUGUGAAGCAACUCUUUGAACUCGACUUUUCGGAGAAACAUUCAUCAAACCUAAGCCUAUCGAGAGACAACAGAAAAUUCCUUGAGAUUGUCAAGCAAGGUAUUCAUCAACUUGAUAACAAUCACUACGAACUGCCAUUGCCCUUGAAGGAUGGAAAUAUCAACCUUCCAAAUAACAGAGAUGUGGCCGUGAGGCGGAUGAAUCACCUCAAAAGAAAGUUUGAGCGAGAUCCAACACAAAACCAAGAAGAUUACGUUGCCUUCAUGGGAAAGUUAUUGAGAAUGGAUUUGCAGAAAGGGUGA